GUAAAGGAAAACACUUAAAGAAGCUUAAAGAAAGGAAGUGGCACGACACUAAGAGCAGAGGAACCGAAAAGCGCGAGCGAGAUGAUAAUAGUGAGCACGUGGUUUUUGAUGUGAUCCACACAUAACACACCACGUGCUGAGCAUAGCCGAUAGCGAGACAAGAACGUCGCAACGUCCGUGCUGAGAGACUGCAGAGCCGUAACUGACUCUUGAGCAUGGGCCCUAUAGGCCUCUGUGACACUGGUAGCUAGUCGGCCAGCCCGUAGCCCCACACAGGACAACAGUCCCCCACAUGAUCGGUAUCAGGGACCAAAUCCGCGUGGACCUCGGCCAACGAGACGGUGGCAGCAGGACCCGCCCUCGCACCCCACGCGCUAACCUCUCCUACCCCCGCGUCACUGAUCGUGAACAAGCACUUGCACUGAACCCCACCCCACGGACUCGCCGUGGGUCAGAGGCUGAUGAGUCACUAUAUAAGACAGGCAAGGACAAGAAGGUGUAUGUUAGUGUACACUCCAUUCUCUCGUGGCUCGCACACGCGGCAGUGGAGGAGAAUUUUGGCUAGUAGUGACAGAAUUCGUAACUGCAUUUGAUUCGCGCCACUUGGAUAUACUACCGGCGCGUAGUGAACUAUUUAAUCCAUUCUCAUUUCCAAGAGUUCCAAAAAGAAACCCAAUUUUCCAAUUGCUCCGUUGAAUCAUUUUGCGAAAUAUCAAUAGAAACUCUGUGUUUUCCUUUUGGGAGCAAAAAUUUUCAUUGAGGGUGAAAAAUGUUCGCGAAGUGUGUCAUCCAGUGGUUGUCACAGAUUGGUGGUAGCAGGACUGAUGCCCUUUCCACCCUUUUGGUAUUCCUCGGUGUGUUGGGAGUGGUGCGGAUUUUACAGUGGAUCAAGACUAUCAGAUCGCUGCCACCGGGACCGUGGGGGGUGCCAAUUCUGGGCUACCUACCCUUCCUCAAGGGGAAAGCUGUUCAUCUGCAUUACGCCGAGCUGGCCAAAAAGUACGGCUCGAUGUUCAGCGCGAAACUUGGAACACACCUUGUUGUUGUUCUCAGCGAUUAUCGUGCCAUUCGCGAAACUUUUCGUCGAGAGGAGUUCACAGGCAGGCCACACACUGAAUUCAACAACAUCCUCGGCGGAUACGGUAUUAUUAAUACCGAGGGUGCUUUGUGGAAGGAUCAGAGGAAAUUCCUUCAUGAAAAACUGCGAAGCAUGGGAAUGACUUAUUUAGGAGCUGGAAAAAAAAUAAUGGAGUCUAAAAUCAUGCAAGAAGUGGACUCUUUCAUCAAAGGGUUGACACUGAGACGAGGUGUGCCGACAAAUAUGUCCUAUUCCCUGAGCAUGGCCAUCAGUAAUGUUAUUUGUUCAAUUACGAUGGGGGUUCGCUUUCACCACGGAGACUCGAGAUACAAAAAAUUCAUGUCCCUCACCGAGGAAGGUUUUAAACUAUUUGGAAGUAUAGUUUACGUGAAUUUUCUCCCUAUUUUAAAAUAUCUGCCUGGCCUCAAGUUCGUGAUGAGUAAACUCGAUCAAAAUAGAGGAGAGAUGGCGAAUUUUUUCCAAGACAAUGUGGAGCAGCAUAGAAAUACUUUCGACGCGACCAACAUCAGAGAUCUCGUCGACGCAUAUCUUUUAGAGAUUGAGAAAGCCAAGGAUGAGGGACGUGAACUCUUUCAAGGGAAAAAUCACGACCGCCAGUUGCAACAGAUCUUAGGAGAUCUCUUCACUGCUGGAAUGGAGACGGUGAAAACAACGUUGGAGUGGGCUGUGGUUCUCAUGUUGCACCAUCCGGAGGCAGCACGUGCAGUUCAGGAGGAGUUGGACCAAGUUGUGGGAAGGUCGAGGAUGCCAACCCUCGAAGAUCUUCCUUAUCUGCCACAAACCGAAGCUACCAUCUUGGAAAUUUUAAGGAGGUCCAGCAUCGUCCCGAUGGGCACGACUCACGCCGCCACUAGAGACGUGACGAUGAAUGGCUACACGAUUCCUACUGGUGCGCACGUGGUACCACUGUUGCAUGCAGUGCACAUGGAUCCAGAAUUGUGGGAUGAACCAGCAGAAUUUCGCCCCGAGCGUUUUCUAUCAGCAGAGGGUAAUGUCUGCAAACCAGAGUACUUCAUUCCCUUCGGCGUGGGAAGACGCAUGUGUUUGGGCGACGUCUUGGCACGAAUGGAACUCUUCCUCUUCUUCAGUUCGCUUCUGCACACUUUCGACAUUACGUUACCAGCUGGUGCGUCACUGCCUAGUCUUCAAGGAAACGUUGGCAUCACCGUGACGCCAGAUCCCUUCGAGGUUUGCCUCCUGCAGAGAAUCCUCAACGAAGAUUGCAUAGCAGGAUUCGCCGCCGACAGUACAGGACCUUUGAGAAACGUCGGCAGCCAUUGAGAAAGGCAAACAAACAUAUUUUGAGCACGGUUUUCGUUCCUAUCAUUUUUCACGAGGAGAACUUUUGAUUGAAUGUUCGAAAAGUAUAUUCGUUAAGAAAUAUGCAGAUCUAAUUUGGAUGAUAAGCAGCUGUUGGCGAAGAGUGUGUGCCAUUUCGAAAAGAAGAAGAAGAAGAAGAAGAAAAAAUAUGCAGCUUUAACGGAGUAUCGUUUUGGUAGCUAAAAUAUGGUGAUACUUGAUUAUAAGGAUUUAAAGACGUUGGUGACUGAUAAAGAAGACGAAAGAAGAGAGAUACCUCCUCAAUUGCGGAAUAAAAAGUACAAAUUGGAGCCUUCGAUCAUAGUCCCGCUCAUUAUUAUUCAAACCCGCCGCGCCGCCAUUUCACAAUAUAUUUAUUUGUAAUGUUGUUUAUACUAUUUAUUCGCCUUUAGUUACCGAUUUCUAGGACCCGGUUGCGGAUCCAAAAACUCUGAAUCCUUAGAAAGUCGAAAUAAUUUACAAUAUUUACAAUUGUAAAUUGUAAUAUUAGCAAUUAGAAGCAGAAAACUAAAGAUUAUUUUACAAGACUGGAUACAAUUUUUGAGUAAGGAAUUUUUGGAUCAGUGCCCGUAAUACUAAGACGAAGAGGCAUAACUGUGAGAUGACAUUUUUACUCUGUUUUAUUAUUAUUAUUAUUAUUAUUUUUUUUACAUUAGUCUUCAUUCUAAUUUGUCAUUGACGAAUAAGAUGCAGAGUUUUCAUUUUUAUUCGUUUCUCUUGUAGAUAUUUUUUAUGUGAGUGCCCGAGAUCAUUUAUUGUUAUUGAAUUGAGUGUUUGUGUGAAUGUGUAAUUGACUGUUGUAGAAGAUUAAUUUAUAUUGAUCGACGAACGAUAAUCGUGGGAGUCAAGGAUAUUGCCGGACAUAUCGACGAGGUUGUCACGGUUAAAAUCUUUGUUCGGAUUUUCUAGUCCGGAAUGUUUUACUUAUUUCUAGGAUAAGUGUAUGAUUGAGAAUGUUUAUAAAUGCGUGUACAUUUCAUACUUGCGAUUGAUUGGUAGUUAUAUUUAUGUAUAUGUAUAAAGUUCCCAUAUUCAUUGGGUCCUGUGUUCAACUGUUGACUCGUCGACCGUGAUUUAUGUAUAUUUCUAGCGUAAUUUAAUGUCAUUUGAUACGAAAAUAAA